AUGUCGUCAAAGGAAAUAUACUUCAACCUUCCUUCUACAUCCCUUCCCGCCUCAGUCACAUUCAUCAGCGCCCUCGGUCUCAAUAAGAGAAGCGGGUGGCCGGCUGAUCAUUCGCAGUGCUUCGUAUUCCGCGAAGGAGUUGGCAUUUUCUACCACGACCACAAAACCUACAAACCCUGGCUCCCAGAGAAUGUCGACAUCGCAGACGCUAAGAGAGUCUGUGGGUGCAUCAUUACCUUGACAGCUGAUUCAAAGGCCGCUGUGGACGAUAUGAUCAACAAGGCAAUCGAGGCAGGGGGCAGCUUUCCAAUUAUCCACAGGAGCGUCCCUGCUCUUAAGGCAGCAUCUGCAAUGCCGCCUACAUCUCCAUGA